GCCAUAGUGGAGUUUGACUACCAGGCCCAGCACGACGAUGAGCUGACGAUCAGCGUGGGUGAGAUCAUCACCAACAUCAGGAAGGAGGAUGGAGGCUGGUGGGAGGGACAGAUCAAUGGCAGGAGAGGUUUGUUCCCUGACAACUUUGUAAGAGAAAUAAAGAAAGAGAUGAAGAAAGACCCUGUCACCACCAGCAAAGCUCCAGAAAAGCCCAUGCAUGACGCAGCCGGUGGAAAUGCUUUGCUGUCUUCUGAGACCAUUUUAAGAACCAACAAGAGAGGAGAGCGACGGAGGCGCAGAUGCCAGGUGGCAUUCAGCUACCUGCCUCAGAACGAUGAUGAGCUUGAGCUGAAAGUCGGUGACAUCAUAGAGGUGGUAGGAGAGGUAGAGGAAGGAUGGUGGGAAGGUGUUCUCAAUGGAAAGACUGGCAUGUUCCCUUCCAACUUCAUCAAGGAGCUGUCGGGAGAGUCCGAGGACCUUGGCAUUUCCCAGGACGAGCAGCUCUCCAAGUCAAGUCCUGAGUGUCUCCCUCCAGCUUCUCUGCUGCCCUUUCCAGCUCAUGGAGCAAAAGGAAAGACUACCUUUGAAGGGACAAUUCUGUACCGAGCUGCACCGGGAAAGACGGAGGGCCACAGACGCUAUUACAGUUUGCGGGAAACCACAGGCUCUGAAAGUGACGGUGGGGACUCGAGCAGUACCAAAUCCGAAGGUGCCAAUGGAACUUUGACAACUGCAGCAAUCCAGCCGAAGAAAGUGAAGGGCGUGGGCUUUGGAGAUAUUUUCAAAGACAAACCAAUAAAACUGAGGCCAAGGUCGAUUGAAGUAGAAAAUGACCCUCUCCCCAUGGACAAGACUAUUGGGAAGAAGUUACCGCCACCUACAGCAACUCAAGAGUCAUCAAAAACAGAAAUGGACCCCAGGACAAAGACCAAGGAUUACUGCAAAGUAAUAUUUCCAUAUGAGGCACAGAAUGACGACGAAUUGACAAUCAAAGAAGGCGAUAUAGUCACUCUCAUCAAUAAGGACUGCAUUGACAUUGGCUGGUGGGAAGGUGAGCUCAAUGGCCGGCGAGGCGUGUUCCCUGAUAACUUUGUGAAGUUACUCCCACCGGACUUUGAAAAGGAAGGCAAUAGACCCAAGAAGCCGCCACCCCCAUCGGCUCCUGUCAUCAAACAAGGAGCAGGUACCACUGAGAGAAAACAUGAACUUAAAAAGAUACCUCCGGAAAGGCCAGAAACGCUUCCUAACAGAACAGAAGAAAAAGAAAGACCAGAGAGAGAGCCAAAACUGGACUUGCAGAAGCCCUCUGUUCCUGCCAUACCACCCAAAAAACCUCGGCCACCCAAGACCAAUUCUCUCAGCAGACCUGGGGCGCUGCCCCCAAGAAGACCGGAACGACCAGUGGGGCCUCUGACCCACACCAGGGGUGACGGUCCAAAGAUUGACUUGGUGGGCAGUGGGAUUUCCGGCAUCCUGGACAAGGAUCUCUCGGACCACAGCAAUGACAUCGAUCUAGAAGGUUUUGACUCCGUGGUGUCAUCUACUGAGAAGCUCAGUCACCCGACCACCAGCCGACCAAAAGCAACGGGGAGGCGGCCUCCAUCCCAGUCUCUCACAUCCUCGUCCCUCUCCAGCCCUGACAUCUUUGACUCUCCGAGUCCAGAAGACGACAAAGAGGAACACGUUUCACUUGCACACAGAGGAGCAGACUCCUCCAAGAAAACUUCAAAGACUGUUACCAUAUCCCAAGUGUCUGAAAACAAAGCUGCCCUGCCACCCAAGCCUGGCAUCAUGGCUGCAGGCAGCGGGCCAGUCUCGCUGUCUGCCACGGUGCCCUCCCCACUGUCGUCCUCUUUGGGAACAGUCGGACACAGAGCCAACUCCCCGUCUCUGUUUGGCGCGGAAGGAAAACCAAAGAUGGAGCCCGCAGCCAGCAGCCAGGCGGCCGUGGAGGAGCUGAGGACCCAGGUCCGAGAGCUGAGGAGCAUCAUCGAGACCAUGAAGGACCAGCAGAAACGAGAGAUUAAGCAGUUAUUGUCGGAGUUGGAUGAAGAGAAGAAAAUCCGGCUUCGGUUGCAGAUGGAAGUGAACGACAUAAAGAAAGCUCUUCAGUCGAAAUGAAUACUUGAUCAGUGAAACGUCGCAUUAUUCAUCCUGAGUCGGAGCCUCCAAUUUUCCGCCCCAGCCAAAAUAACCUUGUGCCAAAAGAUGAAAGGUUUGCCUCCACACACAUCCCUGUUUGACAGAUUAGCACACAAGUCUUGAUAGCACAACACCGAUUCCAUCCGAGAGCAGAGGAGAAGCUGCCCCCCACUGCCUGCCCCCACCGGCCAUGUCCCCCCCACCCCACCCCAUCCCCCGGGUCUGGCACUUCCACUUCCGCAGAGCAAAUUGUGCUACAGUCUUUUCUACUUUGAGAUCUCACGCGACACGAAAACUCAGGCAGUUUAGUCCAUAGUGGUACUAUUUUGAUGAUAUUUUCCAUGAAUAAAAUGUAAUUUCCGAUUCUUCGUUUACAAGCUUUAUAAGGUUUUGAUUUUUUUGUACCCGUGUUUUGUCACAGACGCCCAUCUCCCCACCUGCCAGCAUUUGUACUACACGGAAGUCCAGGGUUUAGUGUCCCUGUCCUUUACUUCAGGCCUCAAGCUGCCUCGCGCUUUGGGUUCCCCCUGAGGAUUCUUUUUCAUAUGCAAGUUUAGGUCCACCCAUCCCCAUCCUGUCCCUGCUACCAACCAAGCCCCCCACCCUCAGAUAAAUCUCAGCUUCUCCACCGACGGUUCAUGUACGGAACGAGAAGGAGACAACCUGGUAUUUGCAAUGAUCUGUGCCUUCUUUUUACCACCCUCUGGACUGGAGCUUUUGUGAUGCAGCUACCGCGAUCCAAAAAGAGAAAGAAAAACAAAACAAAAGAAAAAAGAAAAAGCCUUUUUUGUUUUAAGCUACUUACUAAAGCCCACUAGAGGCCACUGUCCUCAAAGCAUCCCUCCCCAAUCAGUCUGCAGAGGAGGUCGCUGUGAAGUUGGGAGCGCUGUGUGGGACCAGCUAUGACUCUUACGUUCUCCGUGGUUUUUUUCAUGAAACUAGAAAUGUGCCCCCUGCUUGAUUUGUCACCCGCCAAGUUCAACCCCUGCUUCCUGCCCUUUGCACCUUUUGUGUGAACAGAAUAUGCAUUAUGAAAGCAAAAAUAAAUAAAGUAAAAUGCAAAUGAA